UUAAAAUACAAUAUAAAAAAUAUCCAAAAAUAAGGUAAUAAAAAAAACAAAAGAGUAAGAUAAGGGAAUGUGGUAUUUUUACAUAUUAUCAAGGCUGUACAAAAAGAAACGCGUCCAUAGACGUACCACUUAGCAUGCAAACCGGACCGAAAUGAAAGCUCACCCCUCUAUUCCCUUCUAUUAAAUCCACUUUUUAGCCACCCCCUUAUCCCCUUCGAUCUCUCAAAUACUCAUACAAAUAUACACAUUCACAUACACUCUCUCUCUCUCCCUCUCUCAACUAAAGCCUUUUCAUACCCUUAUCUCUCUAAAUCUGCUGUAAGAUAAGAGUCUCUUUCUAUCUAUUCAGAAACAAAAGAAAGAAAUAUAAAAGAGAAUACAUAAGCGAGGAGAUAGGACAACAAUCCCCUAGCUUAUUCUUUCUCUUUCUCUCCUCUCUUUCUUGCAAUUUUCUCUCAUUUUUGGGGAGGAGAGAACUCUUACCAAACCCAAUUAUUCAUUAUAACCUGUGAAAACGAUUAGAAGCCAUAUUAAUUGAUCAAGCUACCUACCUAGUUAUAUAAAUAAUUUUAUGUCGAAAAUGAUGAUGAACGACGAGACAGUAGAGGAAAGAGCAGCGGCGGAGGAAGAUGCCGGUGGGUCCCGAGGUGGGGGCUUGAAGAAGGGGCCUUGGACCACGAGUGAGGACGCGAUCCUGGUUGAGUACGUUAGGAAGCACGGCGAAGGGAACUGGAACGCGGUUCAGAAGAACUCCGGCUUGGCCCGUUGCGGCAAGAGCUGUAGACUCAGGUGGGCCAAUCAUCUUAGGCCUAAUCUCAAGAAGGGUUCUUUCUCUCCCGAAGAGGAGCGCAUCAUCAUUGAACUUCACGCUAAGCUCGGUAACAAAUGGGCUCGCAUGGCUUCUCAGUUACCAGGUAGAACUGACAACGAGAUAAAGAAUUACUGGAACACAAGAAUGAAACGACGCCAGCGAGCUGGGCUCCCUCUCUACCCCCAAGAGAUCCGACACUACCAAAACGACAACCCUCAAAGGCAUUUAUCUUCGUCGUUUAACUCCCAAUUCCUCCCUUCCUCUCAUCAUCAUCACCACCCGCCCAAGGCCAACUAUUCCUUUCCCCAUCACCGUGCCACUUUUCAGUCCCAACAAUCCGAUUCCGCUCAGCUAUUCAAUGGAACCAACCCCGUGUUCGCUUUGCCCAUUAAUUCUCCUGUUUUUUCUUUCGGGUCUUCGUCUCCUACUCUAUUUAACCAGAACACUACUCACGUCCCGAUUCCCCAAACGACACUCCCUAAUCCGGCGUUUCAGUACAGUGUUCCCGCUGGAGGCUUCAAUUGUAAUUUCAAUACUUUCAGUUCUAUAGCAACCGGAACUCCGUACGACGCUGCUUUGGUUGGAAUGCAGCCACCGUCGUCGCAUCGGGUGAAUAUGGUAACUGAGCUCCCUUCGACCCAAACGACACCGCUUCAGUCAACGACGACGCCUGCAUCGUCUUAUACGAGCGCCGGCAGCGGCAGAGGAGGAGGCAGUGCUGAAGAGUUCAGUUUUCAAGAGUAUCGGGAGAAUAGUGGACUCUUGGAUGCUUUGUUGACUGAGGCUCAAGCUCUGUCUCGCAACGAUAAAUCUAAGCGCAAAGCGUCGCUUAUGCCGGAGCCGCCGAAAUCCAAACGUGUUUCGUCUGAAAAUCAGUCGAUGGAGGAGGAAGAUCGGACAAUUGGGUCUGACCGGACUGAGAAUUUCAGUACUUCGUGCCAUUCCUCAGCUGGGAUAGAACAAAAUGAGGUGCCAGUGGAUGUUAACUCCAUAGACGAUGACCUAAUGAGCCUGCUCAACAACUUUCCGGCUGCAAUGCCGGUUCCAGACUGGUACGGCGGAUCAGGUGGCGGAAACCUUUCUAAGAAGGAAAAAUCGAGCGUAACAAGUGGCUUUACGGGGCGGGUUGAAGAUGAUGUGGUGGUGGCGCAAGACUCUUCUCCUGCUCCGCCGCCAACCACCGGAAAACGUGAGCGGAGCUUGGACUCGUGCUAUUGGAAUAACAUGCCUGGCAUAUGUUAAUAAUGUUAGACCCUGCUUCUUCGAGCACGUGUGUUUAAUGUUAACAGAGCUGAUUAAGAGACUAAUUAGUAGAUUAGUAGUGUGUUCAUAUUUAUUUAAGGGUUAGAGAUUGAAUGAUCACUCAUUCACAUCAUUCGCUAGUAGGUUUCGAUCACUAAUUAGUAUGUUCUUAGAAACUAAUUAUUAUUAUUAUUAUUAUUAUUAUUAUUUUAAAUUCUUAAUGGAAGAAAAGGAUUCAUGGAGCUGAUUUAUGAAACCUUAAAUUUCUUAUAUAUGUGCUCAUGAAAAUUUGCUUUAUGAUCUGUGCAUGUAUUUAUAAAUAUCAUCUUCACUAUCGAUACGGU